AUCGUGUAUUUGAUGAGGAAUCCAAAGGACAACGUGGUGUCUUUUUAUCACUUCAGCAAAGCCCUGGCAGCCCUGGAAACUCCCGAGAGCUUUGACCAGUUUUUUGAGUGGUACAUAACAGGAAACGUUGCAGCGUCAUCCUGGUUUGACCACGUCAGGGAGUGGUAUUUAAACAGAGACCAGUACAACAUCCUCUUCCUGACCUACGAGGAAAUGAUUUUGGACCUGAAAGGAUCAGUGAAGAAGAUCUGCAACUUCUUAGGGAUAAAUCUGACUGAAGCCGCCAUCAGUCAAGUUGUGGAAAAAGCUAAGUUUGAGAACAUGAAGAAGGACUCGAAAGCAAACUAUGAGCACAUUCCACCAGAGAAGUUCAGUGGAAAAUUCCUGCGCAAAGGUCAGAUUGGAGACUGGAAGAACACAAUGACUGUUGCACAGAGUGAAAGAGUGGAUCAAGUCCUUCAGGAGAAACUUGGUGAUUUGCCUUUGAGGUUCAUCUGGGAAUAAGCAGAGCAGCUCUUCAGGGUCUCCCAG